CUUGUUACUCAGAACAGAUCAGCUUAGGAUAUAACAAAAGGUGGUUUUUAAUAGGGAAGUAAAAACUGUUGACAAAGCAGUGUCUUUUGAAGCCAUUCAUUUUGGCAGUAUCCACUGAUGUUUUCUGAAGAUGGUGAAGUCAGUGGCCUUAUAUGUUUUCCUGCUACUAAUGGGAUGUAAGUCAUCCUUCUCUGAAAUGGCCUUCAGUUCAGAUUCUGAUUUAUUGGUUAAGAAAAGCAUAGCUACUGAAGAUCUAACUCCGGAAUUGCAAAGAUCUAAACACUCUGCAGAUAUGAAUGACUUUCUGUUUGCUGAAUAUGAAAUUUACAUUGAAAUGCCACCCAGUAUGUUAAAUAAACUUAAGCAAAUGAUCGAGAAUGGUACAUUUCCUAUAACUAUACAAAUCCCUGGGAACACUGAAGCAAAUAUGACAUCCUUGGAAAUUAAUGCAGUAUGCACAAUUAUAGAUAAUGAAACACAGUGUACCUGUGAGCAGGAGUACAUAUGGAACAGCAAUAUAUGUGAUGAAUAUCAAAGCUGCUCGGGCUCAGCCGGAGAAAACUGCAAAUGUAUAAGACAAAUUCCAUUAGAUGGAACAUGUGAAUCUGUAGAAAACCCAACUGAACCAGCAGAAUCAGAUUCUGUUGUAUAUGACAUUUAUGUGCAGACAAAACAUGGAAUGCUUGAAGAGAUAAAGAGAGGUUUAAGGGAAAUUACAUUUCCUUUCUUACUGAAUACCCCUGAUGACUUCAAGGCAAAUAUCUCCUCUCUGGAAAUUACUACAGUCUGCAGCACCAUGAAUACUUUAACACAGUGUACCUGUGAAAGUGGCUAUAUAUGGGAUAGCCAAAUGUGUGAUAAUUAUGGAAGAUGCUCAAAUGAAACAGAAGGCAACUGCAACUGUGUGAGAAGCAUUCCUUCAAAUGGAUCAUGUGAACAUGUGGUGGAAACUGGAACAGCUACUACACCGCCAGUACCAGGAAUACCAGAUUCCGUUAUAUAUGACAUUUAUGUGCAGACAAAACAUGGAAUGCUUGAAGAGAUAAAGAGAGGUUUAAGUGAAAUUGCAUUUCCUUUCUCAUUGAAUACCCCUGAUGAAUUCAAGGCAAAUAUCUCCUCUCUGGAAAUUACUACAGUUUGCAGCACCAUGAAUACUUUAACACAGUGUACCUGUGAAAGUGGCUAUAUAUGGGAUAGCCAAAUGUGUGAUUAUUAUGGAAGAUGCUCAAAUGAAACAGAAGGCAACUGCAACUGUGUGAGAAACAUUCCUUCAAAUGGAUCAUGUGAACAUGUGGUGGAAACUGGAAAAACUACUACACCGCCAGUGCCAGGAGUGCCAGGCAUGUUUGAAUAUGAGCUUCACAUUGACCUUCCACCUAAACAUCUAGUCGUGCUGAGGAGUUUUCUAAACAAUGUUUCUGUUCCCCUCAGAAUAAAUAGAUUGCUGACUCCAGGGUUUGCAGCAGAUAUCACCUACCUUAAUCUUACUGCAGUAUGCACUCUUGUAAAUAGUGAAACGCUGUGUACCUGUGAGACUGGAUAUAUCUGGAGCAGUGAAAUGUGUAACAUUUAUGGAAGGUGUUCAAAUCAAACGGAAGGCAGCUGUGGCUGUGUGAGAAAUAUCCCUUCAAAUGGAACAUGUGAACAGGUGUCUAUAUCUGGAACAAUACCAACAACAUCGCCAAUACCGGGAAUACAAGGCAUGUUUGAAUAUGAGCUUCAGAUUGACCUUCCACCUAAACAUCUACGCGUGCUGAGGAAUCUUCUAAACAAUGCUUCUGUUCCGCUCAGAAUAAGUAGAUUGCUGACACCAGGGUUUGCAGCAGAUAUCGCCUACCUUAAUCUUACUGCAGUAUGCACUCUUGUAAAUAGUGAAACGCUGUGUACCUGUGAGACUGGAUAUAUCUGGAGCAGUGAAAUGUGUAACAUUUAUGGAAGGUGUUCAAAUCAAAUGGAAGGCAGCUGUGGCUGUGUGAGAAAUAUCCCUUCAAAUGGAACAUGUGAACAGGAGUCUAAAACUGGAACAAUACCAACAACGUCGCCAAUACCGGGAAUCCAAGGCAUGUUUGAAUAUGAGCUUCACAUUGACCUUCCACCUAAAUAUCAGCUCAUGCUGAAGAGUUUUCUAAACAAUGUUUCUAAUCCCCUCAGAAUUAGUACAUUGCUGACUCCAGGGUUUGCAGCAGAUAUCACCUACCUUAAUCUUACUGCAGUAUGCACUCUUGUAAAUAGUGAAACGCUGUGUACCUGUGAGACUGGAUAUAUCUGGAGCAGUGAAAUGUGUAACAUUUAUGGAAGGUGUUCAAAUCAAACGGAAGGCAGCUGUGGCUGUGUGAGAAAUAUCCCUUCAAAUGGAACAUGUGAACAGGAGUCUAUAACUGGAGCAAUACCAACAACGCCGCCAAUACUGGGAAUCCAAGGCAUGUUUGAAUAUGAGCUUCAGAUUGACCUUCCACCUAAACAUCAACUUGCGCUGAGGAGUUUUCUAAACAAUGUUUCUGUUCCGCUCAACAUAAGUAGAUUGCUGACUCCAGGGUUUGCAGCAGAUAUCACCUACUUUAAUCUUACUGCAGUAUGCACUCUUGUAAAUAGUGAAACGCUGUGUACCUGUGAGACAGGAUAUAUCUGGAGCAGUGAAAUGUGUAACAUUUAUGGAAGGUGUUCAAAUCAAACGGAAGGCAGUUGUGGCUGUGUGAGAAAUAUCCCUUCAAAUGGAACAUGUGAGCCGGUGUCUAAAACUGGAACAAUGCCAACAACGUCACCAAAACCGGGAAUACAAGGCAUGUUUGAAUAUGAGCUUCACAUUGAACUUCCACUUAAACAUCUACUCGUGCUAAGGAGUUUUCUAAACAAUGUUUCUAUUCCGCACAGAAUAAGUAGAUUGCUUACUCCAGGGUUUGCAGCAGAUAUCACCUACCUUAAUCUUACUGCAGUGUGUACAGAGUUGGAAAAUCAAAUGCAAUGUACUUGUGAAUAUGGAUAUAUCUGGAACUCACAAAUGUGCAGGAGAUAUCACAGCUGCUCUAAUACAACAAAAGACAACUGUAACUGUAUAAGAAAUAUUCCCAUAAAUGGAACAUGUGAACAAUUAGAUGAACAAUCAAUAACUGAAUGGACAACAACAAGACAGACAUUGACAACAAUAAGUACAACUGGAGUAACAAUAACGUCAAAAAACAGCAUAACAGAAACAGACAGAACAGGAACAUCGCCAAAGGCAUUGACAAUGCAAUCUGUAUCAUCUGACAAAACAAGGAUAACUAGGACAACACCAAGAAUACUGCCAUCAACAAUAACAGAAACAGACAAAACAACUUCACAUGUAAAAAGAAUGUUAACAGGCACAACAAGAGCACCAUUCUUUUUCUCUUCUUUUAUACCACCAGAGCGUCCAACUCCGCAAACUACAACAAAAAUAUCUACAAGGGCCUCAGAAUCAGCAUCAUCAAAUUCAGCUACAACAUAUGUAUCAACUUCAGAAUCACCAUCUAUAAAGUCAACAACCUGGUGCACUAAAAAAUCUGUACCAACAUCAGAAUCAACAUCAGAAAAUACAACAUUCAGUGCAGCAACAACAUCUAUGCCAAAUCCAGAACCAAAACCAUUAAACACUACAUCACAGUCAACUGCAAGAUUUGUGCCUACAUCAGAAUCAACAUCAAUUAACAUAACAUCUAGGUCAGCUACAACAUCUCUGCCAACUUCAGUAUCACCAUCAAUAAAGACAACAUCCAGGUCGACUAAAACAUCUGUGCCAACGUCAGAAUCAACAUCAAGAAAUAUACUAGUCAGUGCAGCAACAACAUAUAUGCAAAUACCAGAACCAAUACCAUUAAACACUACAUCACAGUCAGCUGCAACAUCUGUUUCAUUAUCAGAGUCGAUAUCAAUAAAUGCAGUGUCAAGCUCAGCUAUAGCAUCUGCGCAAACAUCAAAAUCAAUAUCAGUGAACGUGGAAUCCAGCUCAUCUACAAAGUCUUUGCUGGCCAUGGAGCCAGUUUCAAUAAACACAACAGCCAGGUCAGCUACAACAGCUGUGCCAACUUCAGAAUCAGCAUUACAACUCAUCACAUCAAGACCAGCUAGAGCUAAAUAUGCAAUGAACAUUACUACUGAUAUGCAGUUUACUGAAGAUCUUCAAAACAGCAACUCUUUUACAUACAAGCUACAUAAAGGACAUUUUGAACAAGCGCUCAGCCAGACCUACAGUUCCCAACCAGGUUUUGAAGCUGUCGGUGUUAAUGGAUUCUAUUCUGGGAGUGUCAGAGUGGAUGCUGAAGUAGUAACUGCUCCUAUUGAUGAAGCAACACUUGACAGCAGUAUCAUUACACUGAAAAAUGUUCUAAGAAAUAACUACAGCUAUAAUGUUUUAUCAGUUUCUGUAUUUGCAGAAGGAAAUGUUUCAAUAAUCCCAAGCAGUCAGAUAACAUCCAUGGGGGAAAUACUGACCCUGAAGUGUGUACUAGAUGGGCUUGAACAUCCACAAACUGUAAAAUGGACUUUAAAUAAUAAGCGAGUUAUUCCAAAUGGACCUAUAUUAAAUCACAUUGUAAGACGUGACAUGAAUGGAACCUACAUGUGCCAGUUACAUGAAAACUACCUAAUGGCAAAUCCCAGCCAGCCAGUUACAAUCACUGUAUAUUCAUUACCUUCAGGCAUUAUUGUGUAUAAUCAAACACUGGUGUGUGGUGGAAACAGUGGAGCAGCCAUGCAUGUAAUAAAAUGCUGUAUUAACAAAGGAGAUUCGACUAACUAUACUGUUACAUUGAAGACACAGUUGGGCUCGUUAUCUGGAAUACAGACUGAUGAAGAUGGUAAAUGGUGUUACAAUUUCACCCAUCAAUCAUUACAAUGUAAAACAGAAACUGCAAGCUGUGCAUUUAAAAACCUGGCAGGCGGAGAAAAAUCAAAGAAUUUAACCAUAAGCUACAUCAAUCAGACUGAUGUUUCAUGUAACAAUCCAGUGGGUAAGAAUGACGCAUCCAUUCUUUGGUACUGUCCUGGUGACCAGGUAGGGGACGUGAACAUGACUUGCACAGAUGGAAAAUGGGUCAUUCUGUCAUCAUACUGUGUAUCAGCACAGCUGAGAGCAGUAUAUGAAUAUGCUGUGAGCCUCAAUGACAGCAUCUUGACUCUAGAUGAAGUGAUACCUAUUGUUCUACAGAAUCUUGCAUAUAUAGUAGAACAAAAUGCUGCAAAUUUCACUGAGACCAAUAAUAUACAAGAAGUAGUUAAGAUAUUAAAUAUAAUUUCUACCUUUAAUAUUACUGCUGUUGAUAUAUCAACUAUGAAGAACAUUAUAAUUUCACUUGACGCCAUUCUUGGAAGUAACUCACUAAAUAACUGGUUAAUUGUAAUUGAACAGCGCAGAAAUAUCACACUGGAAUUGUUGAGUUCAAUGGAAAGAUUUGCCCAACUGCUUUCAUUUGAAACUCAAACCAUUAGUAUAAACACAUCAAAUGUUGAACUGAAAGGCACAAACUUAUCCAAGGCUAACACCACAGAUAAUUACAAAAAAAUAUUUUAUGAAAACAAUUUUGUGGAAAUACCAGGAAAAGAACUCAGAAAUGUUUCUCUUGUUGUCAGCAUUGGUUACAAAACUCUUGCAAAUAUAUUGACAAUAAAUGCUAGUAACACUAUGGCAAAUGCUACCAUUAAUGGGAUCGUUAUAUCAACUACAGCAACUGGCUCUAUAUCAAAUGUUACACUCACCUUUCACAAGAGUAAUCUCAGUCUGAAUCUUCCGAUCUGUGUUUUUGUUAACUAUGCUGAAGGAGAGUGGAGCUCAGCGGGGUGUAACGGAUCCAAUCACAAUGAUAGCGUUACAUGUAUGUGUGAUCAUUUAACCCCAUUCUCAGUGCUGAUGUCAUUACAACCUCAGUUAUCAACAAAAAAAGACGCAUUUUUAGAAUGGAUUACAUAUAUUGGUGUCGGCAUAUCUAUUGGAUGUUUAGUCAUCUGCUUAAUUAUUGAAAGUUUAGUGUGGCAAUCAGUUGCAAAAUCAAGGCAAAUGCACAUGAAGCAUGUUUGCAUUGUAAACAUUGCCCUUUCACUCUUGGUAGCAGACAUCUGGUUUAUAGUAGGUGCAGCUGUUCAACAUUCCAGUCCAGCUUGCAAAGCUGCUACAUUUUUCACUCACUUUUUCUACCUCUCAUUAUUUUUCUGGGUGAUGAUUAUGGCUGCAGUACUUUUGUAUCUUAAUUUGUUGGUCUUCCCCAACAUAAGCAAGUCAGGCAUGUUGAUUGCAUCAUUUCCUGUUGGAUAUGGAUGCCCACUGAUUAUAGCCAUUAUUACCAUAGCUGUAACAGAGCCACAAGGUUACUAUAUCAAAGACAAUGCGUGCUGGCUUGAUUGGAACAAUUCUAAAGCGAUCCUUGCAUUUGCCAUACCUGCACUGAUCAUUAUUUUUAUCAAUCUUAUGAUUCUUUUUAUGAUCAUAAUCAAGGCAUUGAGACCAGCUACUGGAGAAAGAAUGAAUCUAGAAGACAGGAGCAUUGUCCUUCAGACUGCUACAAGCCUUAUUUUUUUAACACCACUUUUAGGUCUCACUUGGGGAUUUGGAAUAGCAACUGCUAUAUACCCCUCAUCUGUCACUUUCCAGGUUAUAUUCACUGUACUCAAUGCAUUCCAGGGAUUUUUCAUCUUGGUCAUUGGCACACUAAUGGAUGGCAAGGUUUGUAAAGCCUUGCUAAGACGUCUUUCAUUAGGAAGAUGGGCAUCGCAGGAAAUUUCUAUUCCACGUACUGACACAGGUACAUUUGGCAGUCCACUCUCAAGGGCAACUGAGAACUUCAGGAAGAACAGGAGAUCUUUGCCAAGUGGAUCAGAAUAUCGCUCUGGAAAUUAUUCAACUCUGUAUGAAAGUUAAAAAUGGAAAAAGGAAACUUAAGGAAAAGGCUUUUUUUAUGACUGGAAGAGAAACUAGCUCAUGAAUGAACAUAAAUGCUGACAUUAUUUUUUAAGUUGAUGUUCUUACGAUUCUAAUUACUUUUUAAUUUCUAUCUUUGAUUAACUUAAUAGAAAACAAUAUUGAUCUACGUAUGACAUUUAUCCAUAAGUUAUUUGACUGUUACAUGAUGUGCAAUUUUUGGUGGCUAGUAUUUCUUAACAUAAGGCUAACAGUUCAUAGGUAAGUACUAGGCUAGCUACCCUUGUGAACCAUUUUCAGCCUUGUCAAUUUCCUUUGGUGAGAAUCAAACCCUGUACUUCUUGUCUGUGAAGUAAAUGCCAUUACCAUUAAGCUACUCCCUUUACGAUUUGAUAUGUAUUACUCAUCAACACUGAAUAGAAACCUAUUUUCACAUGCUCAUAUUUCUCUUAAGUGAUUUAAAUAAUUAUAUGUAUGCGGUUAUCAUAGAAUAUGUAUAAAAGAAAUGCAACGUGUAUGAUAUGCAGUGAUGGGAUUUAAUAAGAGACAAUGGAAGUCAAAGGAUAAAGAUCUAGUGUCUUAUGCCAGUUAGUAUUCUUGGUUAUAAAUAAGUAGGUCUGAAAAAUAUGCAAAUGUUUGAGUGGGAUAAUAAUGAAUCCAUCUGUGAUCUUUCGUGACUAUAAUUGAAUUGUUCUCUGUAUUCAAAGCAUAUAUAAUAAAAAAAGGCAGCAUCAAA